AAUAAACUCGUGAGAGCAGCGAAGAGAUACGAACCAGGCACAGUACGUUGUGGGGCAAAGGUUAAAAGAUCAGGAGAGAAAGAGUAACUUAUUUAAGGAUUUGAAGUGGAGUUAAACAUCGCAUUAGAAGCUUCUUACAGAGCAAAUACGUUUGAGAAAAUACGUCGCCAUCGCUAUCGAGGCAAACCAACACUGACUUCAUAUAAAUGCAGUAACGUCAUCAAUCGCAUUAGGAUAAAGAGGGCAGAGAUGGUCCAGACGAGCCAGUUUGGGACCUGGGACUAUGUUGUUUUUGCCCUUAUGCUGGUAAUUUCAGCUUGUAUAGGAUUAUACCAUGCUUUCGCAGGUGGUGGACAGAACACCUCUGAAGAUGUCCUUUUGGGCAGAAGGCAGCUAUCACCAUAUCCAGUGGCUUUGUCUUUAGCAGCAAGUUUUCUCUCUGCCAUCGCUGUGAUUGGUCUCCCAGCUGAAAUCUACAUGUACGGGAUAAUGCAUGUGCUCAUGGGUAUCGCCUGGAUUUUUGCAAUCUCAGUCACAGCAUUCAUCUAUAUCCCACUUUUCUACCGUCUCCAGCUCUCCAGCAUAUAUAAGUACCUCAACACCAGGUUCAACCAAGCGGUGCGAUACGGAGUGGUGUGUGCCUAUUUCAUGCACAUGGUGCUGUAUUUGGGGAUGGUCACAUAUGCACCUUCGCUAGCGCUCAGUCAAGUAACUGGCCUGAACAUCUGGGUGGCAAUCAUGUCCACGGCACUUGUUUGCAUCGCCUAUACUGCAUUUGGUGGCAUUCGUGCUGUGGUGUGGACAGAUGUGUUCCAGGCAGCCGUGAUGUUGGCUGGCCUCUUGGCUGUGCUGAUUCAGGGUUCUCUACGCCUCGGAGGCUUCUCCAACGUGUGGAGUGUCGCUCAGGCAGGCGGGCGCAUAAACUUCUGGAACUUUGACGUUGACCCAAGGAAGAGGCACACGUUUUGGACAAUUGUGGUUGGGGGCACAUUCAGCUGGACGGCGACAUACAGCUGCAACCAAACGCAGGUGCAGCGCUACUUGGCAUGCCGGACUGAGCGAGAUGCCAUCAAGGCGGUGUUCCUGAACCUGUUGGGCAUGUGCGUGCUGCUCGUUGUGGGAGAUCUGUGUGGCCUGGUGAUGUACGCCUGGUAUUCCGAGUGUGACCCUUUGAAGGCAAAUAUAGUGGACAACUCUAAUCAGUUGAUGCCUUCCUUUGUAAUGGAGCUCUUAGGAGAUCUGCCUGGACUGCCAGGCCUGUUUGUAGCAAGUGCAUACAGUGCAACAUUAAGUACAAUUUCAUCUGGAAUCAAUUCCAUGUCGACUGUUGUGGUUGAAGACUUUCUCAAGCCAUUCUGGGGAGGCUGGCAACACAUCAGCGUAAAGAGACGGGCACUCAUCUCAAAACUGCUGGCCGUGUUCUUUGGUUUGGUCACUAUUGGUGUGGCUGGUGUUGCAUCGCUGUUGCAAGGAAACAUCAUACAGGCAUCCCUCAGUUUUACUGGGAUCAUUGGUGGUCCUGUCCUCGGAGUCUUCACUCUGGCUGCUCUGUUGCCAUUUGCCAACUCCAAGGGUACAUUUGUAGGGCUCAUCACAGGACUGGUCCUAUCUCUCUGGGUUGGUCUUGGUGGUCAAAUCUACCCACCCACUGCUGAAUUCACCGACAUUCUGGACAUAAGCGUGGCUGGGUGUUCACUCAAUACGACCAACAUCACAGACAUUGGCCAAUACAGCACAAUAGCCUCCCUUGUGAGCACUGCCAACCCAUCAAAUGAAAGGCCGACAAUUGCAGACACAUUCUACUCCAUCUCCUAUCUACACUACAGCCUAAUAGGUUGGCUGGGAACUGUGCUUGUGAGCAUUGUGAUAAGCCUCGUAACAGGAGGAAAUUCUAAACGCCACAUUGAUCCAACGCUCCUCGCUCCUAUCUACCACAAAGUUCGCGAGGCCCUGUCCUGCCGCUUUGGCAGUGGAGAUCAGCUGAAGAAAAACUGCGUUUUUGAAAACAAUGAAGAGCAUCAUGAAAAGAAUUCCCUUGACAAAUACAGUGAGAUCUGGACUUCGGAUACCACCAUUGCCUCUUCAUAUCUGUAAUAAAAUGUGUAGCUACAGAUAACGAAUCAAAUCGAUUCGUAUGUGAUGGCUCUUGAAUACUUUGAGGUGCAGCUAUGGAAAAGCCAACAAAGUCCUUUGCAUGGAACAUCCAAUUCAGUAAUGCUAUCAGAGAACAAUAAAGUUAUCCAAUUGGAACCUCCUUUGCCAGUAGCAAAAUAUGAUCAUUGGUGUUUUACCCUUUUAUCUGGCAACAAAACUGACACCUUUUUUACAAGGAGUCGUGUUUGCAUUGACCACAAUACCUGCGGUCGGAAUGCAAACAAAAAACACAACU